AUGAGCUCUCACCAGAGCCAGUCGCGAAAAUGCCUUGCAAUACAAGAAUCUCGCCGCAAACGGAAGCUUGUGGAGGUGUCCGACCAUAACAUGGACAUUGACGAAGGCAAUAGCCCACUCCCUGCAUCGCCACCCACUUUCGAUAGACCACCGACACCGAAGAAGGCCAGGGUUGAAGACGUUGAGGACGACCCAAUCGAGCGAGAGGCAGGGAAGCAAAAGCGAAGAGUUGAGACACCAUUCGAGGAGCAGGAGGCAAUACAUGAAAAGCAGGGGGAGAAGCCAUACACGCCAUUCGAAUCACUGGACGAUUGGGACCUCGCGCAAUGGAUGGUCCGUUCGGGACUGUCGCAAGGGAAGAUAGACGAGUUCCUGCAUUUGAAAGCAAUACGACGUCUUCAUCUUCCAUAUAACACCAGCCGCAGCUUCUUCAAAGACAUUGAUUCACUUCCCAGUGGGCCAAAGUGGAUGUGUACACCGAUGGAGGUGGUGGGCGACGAGUUGGAUGAUCAUGGGAAACCACAGAUCGAGGUACUUGAGCUUUGGCACCGCGAUCCGCUCGACUGUAUUCGCGAGCUGUUGGGCAACCCGAAGUUUGAGAAGGACCAGACUUUCAAGCCAAUGCGCCUCUUCCGCAAAAGGGAUUCGUCGACAGGGGAGGGAAUUAAUCGCCAAUACGAUGAAAUGUGGACUGGGACUUGGUGGUGGGACACACAGGACUUGCUCGAAGAUGGCGCAACGAUCGUUCCCGUUAUCCUCUCCUCCGACAGGACCCAAUUAUCCACCUUCGCUGGCGACAAGCAAGCAUGGCCCGUCUAUAUAACGAUUGGAAACAUCAGCAAAUCUGUUCGCCGACAGUCAGGUGCGCGUGCGACGACAUUGCUUGGGUACAUACCGGUGCCGAAGCUGGAUGGGGUGUCCAAGAAAAACCGAAGGUUUCGCGCCUAUCAGAUCUUCCACGACUGCAUGCGGCAGAUGUUGUCGACAUUGGUGGAGGCUGGGAGGAAGGGAGUCGAUAUGGCGUGUGCGGACGGGUGGGAGCGAUGGAUAUUCCCGUUACUUGCGGCAUAUAUUGCUGACUAUCCCGAGCAAUGCUUGGUGGUAUGCUGCCAGGAAAACUCCUGUCCGACAAGGACGCAGCAGCAUACCCUGCAGGUGCUGGAGAAGGAGUCCCAAGGUCCAAGAGGUAUGCAUACCUGA